AUGAAUUCCGAUAAAAAUAUUUCAACUCGCUGGAAAGAUAAUGUACCGUGCGUGGACUUAACUGUAAAUAGUAAACCUAAUUCUCAUCAUGAUUCGUUUUUUGAUGGAUGGAGUUUUAUUGAAAGUUAUGAAAAUUAUCCUGGUAAAAAAAUGAUGGAUUUGCCUCCAAAUGCUAAUUCCCACCACCAUCUAUUUCCAAACCAAAUGAAUCCUUUGGAAGAGCCGGCAAAAAAUAAUAACUCAAUUGAAAAUAAUGAUACUGAUAAUACAUCGAUUGUUAAAGAUAUUCCCCCAUUUUCAARAUCAAAUGAUAUAUUACCUUCUGACCGACCAUCACGAGAUGUUUUUAAUUUGAAUAAUCGAAUACCUGAUUUCAGUGAUGGGUUUGAGUUGCCAGUCAUAAAUGAACCGCAAGAGUAUUUGCAAUUUAAAAAGGAUGACAAUGAACACCGGGCUGAUGGUUCGAUUUUUGAGCAUCUAAAUGAAACUAAAUGUAUCACAACUUUAAAUGAUACGUUAAAUUAUAAGAAUGAUCAGAAUAAACUUGAUUUUGUUGGUCUCCCAAGUUUUAAAGAAAAAGAGCCUUUAGCGCCUGUUUCAGCGCCUUCCAAACUCAAUAUUGUUAAACCUACUCUACGAGACCCAAGUCAAAUAUAUACAGUCAUAAAACAGAAGCUAAAAUACGAUAAUGCAUUUGUUGACAAUAAUAGUGUUGUAACUARUAAAACUGAAAACAAUUCAAAAGAACAUCCUACAAACACAUUCAACGUUACAGAUUUAAAAUCUAAGUAUAAUAGUGUACAAUUAAAUCAAUUUGAUGUUUGGUCUGAAAAGUUUGUAUUAAAAGGGAACUCAAAUAGUUCGUCUUGUGCAGUUGUUGAGUGUGAUGUAGAAAUCACGCAACUUAAGAGUACUCCCGAAAAUCGCAAUACAUUACCGAAAUCAAACAUGAGCGAAAAUUAUCAAGAUAAAACCAUGAUGUUGCCAGAAAAUAUAAAUCGUAAUUUAGUCACUAAUAAAAUUGAUAUCAUCGAAAAUGAUAAAAUUAACUCGAAUGAUUUCCUUAAUUGUUUAGAAAGUACGAAAACAGAUGAUCAGAAAUAUCGAGAUACUUUUGAUGAAUUUGAAACGUCGUUUGGAUUUGAUAUACAUUGUAAUAACGAAUCUAACAAAUCUUUCCAUGAAGAUAUUGUUGAUAAAUGUUUUGACGAAAGAAUAAAUGAUCAAAUUAGAGCUCGCGAGAUAAAUACAGUUGAGUCAAAUAACACAUCUGACACAAAUACAAAAUCAUCAAACAAUACUCAGUUGCCUUUUCAGUGUGAUUUUCAAUCAAGUUUUCUAAUUAAAAAUUAUUUUGAUGAAAACAAAAAUAAAGCAGCUUUAACAUUGAUUGCCAUGUUGAACAAAUCCAUAAUGCUAAUGACAAUAAUAAUUCAAACUUUAUAA